AAUAACUAUCACAGAGAAGUUAAAAUUGUUUUCAAAGCACUGCAAACAUAAGGCCACUCAUCAUGUGAUUACUUGGAAGUGAGCAUUCAGAGACAGAGAGGAAGCCUUCACAGCUGCUUCCCCUGAUCUCCAACAAACACUUUCAACAAGCCUUGCUGCUCAGUCAUCGUGUCUUACAUUUUACUGUAAUGUUUACACCAAAUAACUUUUUCCUUGGGAAAUGAGAAAAGAAAGUGUUCAGUAAAGAAAAGAGUUCACGUCUUUCUAAUCUCUCUGCAGAUCUUCCAACCAAGAAGCAACAACUACAGGCUUUGAACCUCCUUGUCAUCCUUCUGCCUGAUGCAAAUAGAGACACAUUGAAGGCCCUGCUUGAAUUUCUGCAAAAAGUCAUAGAUAAUAAGGAGAAAAAUAAAAUGACAGUCAUGAAUGUAGCAAUGGUCAUGGCCCCAAAUCUCUUCAUGUGUCAUGCCUUGGAUCUGAAGUCCAGUGAGCAGCGGGAAUUUGUAAUGGCAGCUGGGACGGCAAAUAUCAUGCACUUAUUGAUUAGAUAUCAGAAACUUCUGUGGACAAUUCCCAAGUUUAUUAUAAACCAAGUAAGGAAGCAAAACACUGAAAAUCAUAAAAAGGACAAAAGAGCCAUGAAGAAAUUGCUGAAGAAAAUGGCUUACGACCGAGAAAAAUAUGAAAAGCAAGAUAAGAGUACAAAUGAUGCUGACGUUCCUCAGGGAGUGAUUCGAGUGCAAGCUCCUCAUCUUUCGAAAGUUUCCAUGGCAAUACAGCUAACUGAAGAACUAAAAGCCAGUGAUGUACUUGCCAGGUUUCUCAGCCAAGAAAGUGGGGUGGCCCAGACUCUCAAGAGAGGGGAAGUUUUUUUGUAUGAAAUCGGGGGAAAUAUUGGGGAACGCUGCCUUGAUGAUGACACUUACAUGAAGGACUUAUAUCAACUCAACCCAAAUGCUGAGUGGGUCAUAAAGUCAAAGCCAUUAUAGAAGCAUAAAGCUGCAGCUAGCCCUGGGGACUUCUAUAAUAAUUCUUGCUGGGUCAAGAGUAUAAAUAAAAGAAGUGGCAGGACUCUUGUCACUCAACUGUACAUAACUACUAAGAAGUAACAUCCUGGAGCCUCAAAAACUUGGUAGACUUACACAGUUGCCAGAAUUAUGUUAAUUAUCAUUAUUAGAAAACAAAUACUUUUGAGGAGAGAAAAAGGGGGCUUAAUUAGCUUUGUGGCUGUUUUUGUAUACUGUGUGAAACUUAUCCAGAUGUGACAGGUUUUUUUUUUAGUAUGAAAAUAUAUAUUCUUUACCACUCACUUUUUUCAUCUGAAAUCUUAUAUUCUGUAACAUGUAUUUUCUUACCUCCUCAAAUUUGCCUUCCUUCAAUAAGGUUUGUUUUUAACCAAAAAAUGAUAAUAAAUAUCAGGUAUGGCAAGUUAUGAAGACAGAACAUAUUGGAACAGACUUAAUUCAAUAGUAUUCUUGUCCUUAUAGAGUGAUGGUAUUCAUGUCCUUGAAUCAUUUGUCCAAAUAAGUCCAUCCUUUUGUAUCACGUGUGAUUCACGUGUUUUUCACUUCAUCUGAUGUGUGUGCAUAGAACUGUAUCCAUGAUCAAGAAAACCAAACUGUCAGAAACUGCCGUUGAUUACCAAACUGUUAAAUACUUACUAAGAAUAAAAAAUAUAUGUAUCCAUGUGGAAUAACUCAAUUACCAAUUAUCAGCAAGUAAAGGCCAAAUCACUUUGUGUAUGCUGUACUCUUCCAAGUGGAACUCUAAAAGUCAUAGCUGACUCUAUCUGUUGUUCUAUUACUCUUAUAAACAUGCAUAGCAGUGUAUGAUCUGGUAGCCAUUGGAGAAUGUAUUAAAGGGGGAUUUUUUUUCUCCUGACUGGAAGAGUUAUACUUGUGAGUAUGACACAAUCAUGUGAACAAGGUUUUGUUUGUGUACUUAUUUUAAAUCAAUAAAUUCAUUAAAAUGUUGUGGAAAGUACUAGUUGCAGGGAUUUUAAAGCCCAGACCACAUUGUGACAAAAGAUGAGCCUCUGUACUGUAAAUAAGAGAAAUGAAUAGAGAACGUUAAAUAUUUUAUGAGGUUCAAGUACAGUAAAUAAAAGGUAAUGUAAAUGAAUGCUAUGCCAACUGCGUUUGGCACUUUUAGUAGUACUUUAGGAAAAAUUACAUUCUCAGAAGCUCUUCGUGUCACUCUAAUUAGGAGGGGAAAUGCUGUUAAUGAGAAUAGUCAUAAAUUCUUAGCAUAUAAUUACAAGAGCAGCCUGUGGAUAUGAUCAUUUAAAUAACUGUGAUAAUUUGUGCCAUUGUCUUUUUAUUUAAAGAAUUUUAUAAUUAAAUGUCUUUCUAAAUUAUUUUCUCUUGGAAUUGUUACUUUUAAUCCUGUGUGUUCAUGAGCCUACUUUUACCUUUUCAAAAUUAAUAUAUGGUCUAUUUUUAUUGUUAUUCAUUCAUACCUAUUCUUUUAUUGCUUCUAUGGUCUUGUGUAAUUUUUCAACUUGGAAGAUAUGAGAGAUACAACCUUAUUUCCUUUCUCAACUUUCUCCUUAUGUAAGGUUCUAUUAUUUAGGACUUUUAAAACGUAUCUGGGCUGGAGAUAUAGCUGAAGCUAAGCAAGCAUUGAGCUCUGAGUUCACACCCCAGUAAUGCCAAAAAGGUAAAAAAAAAAAAACUAUCUCUUUCUGAUUUUGACAAUAUGUAUUAUUAAUGCUUUGAUGAAAACAAUUAACAAUGUAAAAGAAAAAUUAUGUACUUAAAACACGUAGGGGAACAACUUAGGAAAUAUGAGUCUACAUGAUUUAAAAAAAUGAUUUUCUAAAAGCAUGUGCCAACUAAUUCCACCACAUUUGUUAUCUAACCAUGAAACAGUUACUACAUUUUGGUAAAGAAAAAUGGAAAUGCCAUUUUUUAGGUUUUAGACUUUCCCAAAACCUAUGACCCUCGUUCUUUGGUAUUGGCCAAUAUUGCAUUUAAAUAACCAAAAAAAAAAAUUAUCUAUACUAAAACAGAGAAGAAAUUGAAUAUUAAAAUGUCUCUAUAUAAAUGUCCUGUUACUAACCUAAAUGAUUGCACUGUGAUUUUUAUUUCUUUCUAAUAAGUUUUAAAUCUCAGGGUGGAUCUGUUUGUUCUGCGUGUGUGAUGGAAAAU